ACAAUGCCAAUUAAAAUGCUGGAUUGUCAUGGGUAGUUAUCCAAUAGAAACAUAAUUAGAAUCAGAAAAUGUCACCAUCUUUAUGGUAGCUUAGCCAGUACCCAGAGUAAUAACUGCAGGAACUACCCAUCCCGCUUGUUCCUAAAUCAGGUAACAUGCUUAAAUAGGUAAAGUAUAGAAAAUUGUGUUAUCAAAACAUGAAUAAAAGUAUAAUGAUUAUUGCAUAAUGGCAAACUAUUUAAGAUUGUAAACUGGGUCAAUUAUCCUUGGCUCUUAACUGGAAAAACUUUUGAGAGGAAGUUAUUCAGAAAAUAUGUCUUCAUAAUUUAGUUUAAAAAACUCUUGACAGAAAGUAAUAGUUAAUGGUAACGGUUAAUAUUUAUUGAGUUGAUAUUUUUGUGUAAGACUUUGUUCUAAAUGCUAUACAUAAAUUAGUCAUUUAAUUCUUAAAUGUCCCUGUGAAAUAUACACUAUUAUUAAUCCUGUUUUAUAGUUGAGGAAAUUGAGGCUCACAGAGGUUAAAUUAUUCAUUCAAAGUCACACAGCUGACAAAAUGAUAGAUCUGGGAUUUAAAUCCAGAGUAAGCCAUAAUUUAUAUGUAUUUAUAUACAUAUAUAUAUAUGUGUGUGUGUGUAUAAAUAUUACUUAAAAUGGAACCAUUGCCUUAGUGCAGCAGAUUUCAGUGUGUAGUGUUCAGUCCCCUCGGGUUCCUCUGAGACUCUUUCAUGGGUUUGGAAGUCAAUACUAUUGUCAUAAUAAUACAAAGACACUAUUUGCCUUUUCCACCAUGUUGACAUAGGUGUUGAUGAUGCAGAAGUUCUGGUGGGUAAACUGCUAGUGCCUUAGUAUAGAUCAAAACAAUGCACCAAAAAAACCAAAAAAACAAAAAAACAAACAAAAAAAAAAACAAUGCACCAAGCUGUAUGAGCAGCUUUUGUAUUCAUACCCACCAUGCACUCCCAAUAAAAUAUAUUCACACUUGUUUUCUUUAGUGAAGUAUUAGCAUUGUUAUUAAUUUUGUUAAAUCUCUACCUUUGGAAUAUGUAUCUUUUAAAAAUAUUUUAUAUGAUGAAAUGGAUAGUAUGCAAAAGCACUUCUGUGUCAGAAAUUUAAUGGUUAUCUUGAGGAGAAGCACUUGUUUGAUUGAAUUGUGAGCUAAAGUACCCACUUUCUAAAAAUAGAAGACUACUUUUACUUGUAAGAAUGACUCAAACAAUGGUGAAUUACUUAUUUUUGUGUAUCAAUAUUACCAGAAACAAUGGUUUAAAAUUACACACAUUUAUUAUCUCAUAGUUUCUGUAAGUCAGGAGUCAGGUCAUGGCUUAGCUGGAUCCUCUGCUUCAGGGUUUCACAAGGCUACAUUCAAGGUGUGGACUCUAAGGAUGCAGUCUCAUCUGAAGCUUGACUGGAGAAGUAUCUGCUUCCAAGUUCUCAUGGGUUAUGUAACAAACUCCUCGCGAGUUGUGUCUAACAAUUCUUCAGAGUUACUGUUUGACUUGACCCAGGAUACAGGAUCAUCACAUUACCAAGGGGGACCAACACUUUCUAUACCAGGUAUGAAUGAAAGUUCGUUUUUAUCAAAACGUCCUUCUACUUCUGAAGUAAACAGUGUUAAUCCAAAAAAGCCGAAGCCCAGUGAUGGUAUUUCUGGAUUAAAUUCUUCAGCUGUUUUUCCUUCAGUUAAAUCUCUUUCAGUGACAUCUCCUCAGGCCAUGUCAUCAAAAGGUACAAAUACCUCAUCAAAUCAAUCUAAAAAUGGAACACCUUUUCCAAGAGCUUGUCCAAAAUGCAAUAUUCAUUUUAAUCUUUUGGAUCCUUUGAAAAAUCACAUGAAGUACUGUUGUCCAGACAUGAUAAAUAACUUUUUAGGACUGGCUAAAACAGAAUUUUCAAGUACAGUAAAUAAAAAUAAGACUGUUGACUCAGAGAAAGGAAAAUUGAUUAUGUUAGUUAAUGACUUUUAUUAUGGAAAACAUGAAGGAGAUGUCCAGGAAGAACAGAAGACUCACACAACUUUUAAAUGCUUCAGUUGCUUGAAAAUUCUUAAAAAUAAUAUUAGGUUUAUGAACCACAUGAAACACCAUUUGGAACUUGAGAAGCAGAGCAGUGAGAGCUGGGAAAACCACACCACCUGCCAGCACUGCUACCGUCAGUUUCCCACACCAUUUCAACUGCAGUGUCACAUUGAGAGCACACAUACACCCCAUGAAUUUUCCACCAUUUGCAAAAUAUGUGAAUUAUCGUUUGAAACAGAGCAUAUUCUUUUGCAACAUAUGAAGGACAACCAUAAGCCUGGUGAAAUGCCAUAUAUUUGCCAGGUCUGCAAUUAUAGAUCAUCUUCAUUUUCUGAUGUAGAAACUCAUUUUAGAACAUCCCAUGAAAACACUAAGAACUUGCUAUGUCCAUUUUGCCUCAAAGUUAUUAAAAUUGCUACACCCUACAUGCAUCAUUAUAUGAAGCAUCAGAAGAAAGGAAUACAUCGUUGUACAAAAUGCAGACUACAAUUUUUGACAUGCAAAGAGAAAAUGGAUCAUAAGACUCAACAUCAUAGAACAUUUAUAAAACCUAAACAACUGGAAGGAUUGCCUCCUGGAACAAAGGUUACUAUUCGAGCUUCAGUUGGACCUCUUCAGUCAGGAUCUUCACCUACACCUUCCAUUAGUGCAAGCACUUCUACCCUUCAGCUCUCACCUCCAAGGACUAAAAAUAUAACUGCUAAAAAUCCCACAAAAUCUAACACAAGCAAACCUAAUACAACUAAAUCCAAUACAAGUAAACCUAAUGCAAGUAAGCCUAAUGGAAGUAAAUCUAAAUAUAAAUCAAAAAUCUCUAAUAUGCAAAAGAAACAAAGCACAUUGGCUAGUAGCAAUAAAAAAAGUAAAGUCAAUACAGCAUUGAGGAACUUAAGGUAUCGUCGGGGAGUUCACAAGUGCAUUGAGUGUUGUUCCGAAAUAAAAGAUUUUGCAAAUCACUUUCCUACGUAUGUCCAUUGUAGUUUUUGCAGAUACAACACUAGCUGUAGCAAAGCCUAUGUAAAUCAUAUGAUGAGCUUUCAUAGUAACCGCCCAAGUAAAAGGUUUUGUAUUUUUAAGAAGCAUUCAGAAGAUCUCAGGGGCAUAACUCUAGUGUGCCUUAAUUGUGAUUUCGUAGCUGAUGUUUCUGGCUUAGAUAAUAUGGCCACACACUUAAGUCAACAUGAAACUCAUACUUGUCAAGUUGUGAUAGAGAAAGUUUCUGUUUGUAUCCCAACUUCUGAACAUCUUUCUGAAUUAAAAAAUGAAGCUCCCACUAAGGAACAAGAACCUGUGUCUGAGGAAAUUGCAAGACCUAAUAUGGCUGAAGGAGAAAAAGAAACAUCAAAUUCUGAAAGUAAACAAGAUAAAGCUUCAGAGGAAGAAAAAAAUGGAUGUGAUACAAAUUCAUUUGAAGGCUCAUUAGCAACAAAAAGUGAAGAAAGCAUAACAGUUUCAAAUAAGGAAAAUGAUACCUGUCUUGAAGACCAGAAAACUGGGUUAAAGAAUAUCUUCAGUCAUGAUUCAAAUAUUGAUGCAGAUAAAGUAGAAAAGGAAAAACAAAUAGAGCACAUUUGUCAGAAAACAGAGUUGAAGAUGUGUCAGAGUUCAGGGAACAUAAUUUCAUGUGAUCAGAUUGAAGAUUCCAACUCCAGUGAAACUAGGUUUUCUUCAAAGAAUAUUAAGGAUUUGCGGUUAACAUCUGCUGAUGUUAGCAUUGAUCAGUUUUUGAGAAAAAGAGAUGAACCUGAAUCUGUUAGUUCUGAUGUUAGUGAGCAAGGCAGUAUUCAUUUAGAACCUUUGACUCCAUCAGAGGUACUUGAGUACGAAGCCACAGAAAUUCUUCAGAAAGGUAGUGGUGAUCCUUCAGCCAAGACUGACGAAGUAGUGUCUGAUCAAACUGACAGUGUUCCCGGAGAAAAUAGCCCUAGCACAAAAGAGACAACAGUAGACCUGGCAGAUGAAAAAGAAAGAAGUUGAAAUGUAUUAGUCAUUCUAAGUUUAAUGUACCAACGGUAAGAACAUUUGGAGCAGUGCUAUCAGAUGAGGUCAGUGGUGCUGUUACAUAAGAGUUCAGAAAGAGAAAAAUGCGAAGGAAGUCAUUCAUACACACUCUACCUGUAUGUUCAACCCAGGUUAUUAAAUCAGUUCACUGAUAAUAGCAUGAUCUGUAUGGAUUUCCAAGAAGCUUUUAAAACAUAAUAGGAUUUUAAUGGAAGUUAAGUUUGCAAAAGAAGUCUUAAUUUAACAGUUUGUGAGGAGAACUUGGUGGCUAGUAUGAAUUGAUUAUUAGAAUAUUAAUUAUAAUAAUAAAGCUUUUGAAACUUCCAUCAGUCCUAAGCUAAAAGUUCUUAUUACCUAUCUAAACUUUUCAGUUAAUUUAAAGGAAAAGAUCUAGAAACCACAUGCCUUUUGGGGAUAAUUGAUUUAAAAUAAUGGCUGAUAGGCAUUGUUAAUGAAGGCUUCAUUUUGAGUAUGAUGCUGGUAAAUGGAGCAUGCUUAGAGUGCUAAAUUAAUUGAUCCAAUGAGCAUUUGGAUGAACAUAAAAUUAAUUUUGGAUUUAAUAUAACAUUCCAGACUGUCAGAAGCAUGUAAACAGAAUAUUUCAAUCUGUGUACCUCCGUACAAGUGUUAGCCUGCCAGGCUGUAAGCUUACCUUAAUUAAACUUUCAGUGAAAGUGAAAUAAUUAAAAUAUAAAUUUAUAUUUGUGCUUUUUGUCAGUGUGUAAGCUGUGCAGAAAUCCUUGAUGUGCUAGUUGUAUAAAAUAGAAACCCAUUGUUGAAACCCUUAUAGCUAUUAUGUUUUUAAUAUUGUUUUAAUGAUCUUUAGAAAUAGACCCAUAAAAAUGGUCUGGAAACCAAACCAAAGUAUGGUAUAAUGUAGAUAUUGUAAAGCAGUAAACUGAAAACAUGUCCUGGCUCAUGCCAUGUUUAAGUGACUUUUUCUUUAAUUGUAUAAUAGAAACUUCAAAUGGGACCUUUUAAAGCAGUGAUGUAAAAAAUUGGUUUGGGAUAUUUAGCCUAAUUUAUCCAUAUCCUAUUUUAUCCAUAAAAUGGCUGCUAAAUUGAUUUUUCAGUUGUUUUUUAUCAUCUAGAAAAUAAUAGAUAUAGAAAUAAAUAAUAUGAAUAACGGUAGUUUGCUUUAAAGUACUAAAAAAUUUUAUUUAAAAUGCUACAUUUUUACUUCCUAAAUGUGCUUUGAAUUCUUAAAUUUUGUUUCACUGAAUGUUAAAUGUUUUAAAUGGCUAUUAAAAUUCUGCUGUAUAUAGUAGUUUUUGAGUAAAUAUUUGCAAUAAAAAUCUGUCCCUGAAUAAUUUUAUUUUUCAGAAAGCUACUUGAGUCAAAUUACCUUUGGCGCCUUUAGAAAUUGUGUAUUUGUUCAAGGAAAUUUCAUGUUAAAGUUAGCGGUAGGAUUUCAUUCUGUAUUCUUUAAUUGAUGCAUGAUUUAUUUUAAGUUAGGACUUAAAGUAUGGGAUAAAAUACUGUUAAUAUUUGCAGAGAAUAGAUUUGCUUUAAAAAUUCUUUUACUUCAAGAGAAAUAUAAUUUACUAUUAUAGUUUUCUAUCUGCUCAGCAAAUUAAAGAGGCUAAAUGGGCAAAAUAUAUUAUUGACUGACUUUCUUGAAAAGCUGUUUUUGGAGGUCAAAUAUUUUCAUCUUUCCUGCUACUAAGAAAAGAUAGGGAGAGGGGGACUUUAGUUGUUACACUUCACCUUGCUGAAACAUAAAUCUAUAGCAGACAAGAUUUUUGGAAUAAUGUAAAUCUUAGGAAGAGUAAAGAGAAGAAAGUCUAUAAAAACCAUUUUCUGAAUCCUAUUUAAUUAGUUACCACACCUAUCACCUAAUGCUACAAAACCCUAGAUCACUGUGCCAAGAUAAGUCUCUAAAUGACACUGUUAUCCCUUUGAGCUUUGGGUAGUUCCUUCUGCUGUGGCUAUAUACCUUUAGAGUCAUGGUAUUCAAAGUAGCUAAUCAAUGAGCUGUUUAUACCUAUCCAGUAUGAGAAAAGGAACCUGAACCAAACUGUAAGUCCUUCACUGAGAAAGCCUGGCAAUGAAAACAAGAGUGUAGUUGAAAUAACCAUUGUACUUGUAACAUAAUUGGUUUAUAUUCUCACACCAUCUCAUCUCAUUCCGUUCAGUAGCAAAAAAGUUCAGAUGUGUAAACCAAACCUUUGAGUAGCAGUGCUUUAGAACAGUGGUCAGCAAACUUUCUGUGUAGGGCCAGAUAGUAAAUAAUUGUGGGCCAUGUGGUCACAAUUAUUCAACUUGUCCUUGUAGCUUGAAAACAGCUGUAGAUGCAAUGUAAAUGAUAGCCUGUUUGUGUUCCAAUAAAACUUUAUUUACAAAACAA